GCUGCUGAGGACACUAGGCCCGACCGCCCGAGGAAGGAAGAGAAACCCGCAGAGGGCGAUAGAGGUCAGCGCGAUUCGGAGAUGGGCAUGGGCGACGAACUGUGGGACGACUCGGCGCUGGUCGUCGCCUUCGACCGCGCCAUUUCCACGUUCAAUGAAAUGCAUUGCAAGAGCAGGCGAGCAACGCCAAGUAAGGAUGCGAAGAAGGAACACGCUGCUGCUCCUGCAGCAGAAGAAGAGCCCAUUACUGCUGGAGCAGUGGAUGAGUGCAGAGAGGAAGAUGACAACUGUGACAACGCACAGACAGUUGAGCAACAGCAGCCCUCUGACGACAGGCAGACAGUUGAGCAAGCUUCUCUUCAGGAAACUGAUCCAGGCAAAGAGACACAUGUUUCAGAGGCUAAAACGCUCACAGCAGAUGCUGAUGGAAAUUUGAGUUCAAGCCAGCAAACUGGGGAGUACAAUGAAUUGCUGAGACAAUACUAUGAGCUUGAGGAGAAGAGUCGGAACAUUCUUGAGCAACUUCAACAAACAAACUCUUGGAAUUAUCAGGCACCAGGAUAUGCUUCUACAACCCAACAGCAGCAAGUUCCUGUCUAUAGUGCCACAGCACCAGACCUUCACUCUUCCACCACUCAAUCAUCAUGCUGCAAUUGGAAUGUUCCCCUGGUAUCUGUCUACUGCUGUUCAACUGGCCAACCAAGUGGAGGUUCUGCUUAUAUGCCACCUACUGCUGGCUGCAGCGCAACAUUGACUUGUGAUCAAUGCCCAGAUGCAAACAGUGCAUACCCUAGCGUUUCAAACUUCAUGCAGGUCCCAACAAAUGUAUCUAUCAAUGAUGAUCAAGUUGCUAAGGCUGCAAUGAAGACUGCUGAAGGUGCCUUCAAUUUUAUGAGAAGUACGAUAUCUGGACAGCCUGGCGCCCAAAGAAAUGAAUCUGAUACUGGGAAGGAGGAAAGCACUGAUAUGGGCACAAACCUGAAUCUUGAUAGUGAUCUUGCUGCUCUCUUAAAUUCAUGGUAUGCUGCUGGGUUCUACACUUGCAGGUACCUCACGCUGCAAUCUACGAGAAAUUCCAGACCGUAGAGUGCUUUGGCCGUCUUGAGUUUUAGAUGUCUGGGGAAAAAAAAAGCAAAUCACUGGGUGCGCGUGUGUGCCUUCAAGUACGAAUAUUCUGCUGGAGUUUGUCUACUGUCUGCUUGCUGCUUGUCACUGCUAUUUUAAGCUACACUAGACUUUCGGUAUUGCUCGAAUGUGAAUCUGUUGAUGCCAGGCAGAAAAAUUGCGUAUAAAUGUGUAAACUGUCGCACUGACCUAUCAGAUAUUCGUCGUAUAUAGAGCGCUGCCAUGUUCAACCUA